AUGGCGGACAAGUGUAUCGCAUGUAACAAAAUCGUCUCUAUAAGGCAACAAGCCAUCCAAUGCGAUGGUUGUUUGAAAUGGAACCACAGAACCUGUAACACUGGUAAGUGUAAUCUUCUGCAGUUUUUCGUGAAUUCUCUACAAUGUUCCUUACCUCACUCUUAACCUCUUAACCUUUAACACUGGUAAGUGUAAUCUUCUGCAGUUUUUCGUGAAUUCUCUACAAUGUUCGUUACCUCACUCUUAACCUCUUAACCUUUAACACUGGUAAGUGUAAUCUUCUGCAGUUUUUCGUGAAUUCUCUACAUUGUUCCUUACCUCACUCUUUUAUCAUUUCGCAGGCAUUUCUCAACAAGAGUAUAGAGAAGCUGUCAACGCCGGCACGGGAAUACAGUGGUUGUGUGAGCCCUGUCAGGUGCCAGUUGCGGAGAGUUCUAGAAUCUCAUCAGAGUCGUCA